AUGAAGUUGUCAGUUGUAACAUUCCUUGCCCUUUCUAUGGUGGCAUCUGCCGAGGCGGAUAAACGUGCUGCCAAGCAGAUGCAAAUCAACUACUUCGACGACAACAACUGCAAUCGGUUCCUUGGCCAAAUCGACGUUACAUGGGCAAGCAAGCAUCUCAGUAGCGGAAAGAAAAACUGCUACAACUACAACUAUGGCAACUCCGUUGCUUUAGUUGAGUGCAUCGGAGAUUCUUGCGACUGCACUUUUUAUUAUGAUCGUGACUGCAAGUCUGGAAGUGAAGGACCUUGGGUCACUAACGAUGGAAGAUGCCAUGGCUCGGCAAAUCAGUUUCAGUCAUUCAUAUGCUUUUAUAACUGA